GGUUUACUUAUCACAAUGUGUUACAGGGUGUAACGCCAGGAUUACUAAGUUAUUUUAAUAGUACAUUUACGUGUAAUGGUUGUCAAAGGUAGAACAAUGUCGAUGUUUGUUGUUCAGUUCUAGUUUCAUUUUUGGAACUGCAUCAGUUUCGCCGCGUUCGACUUUUCAUUUAUUUCGUUGUCAAAUAAAUAGUGAUACGUCAACAUUGAAACAACGUAAAUUUUUAUGCCAAGUGGAUAACGUCAAACACAGAUAAAAGUUCGAAACUUUCGUUGAGUAAAAACCAAAUGCAAAGAUUAAUAUUACAACGUCAAAAAUAUAAAAGCAGAUACAAUUGGUAGAAAUGGUGAGAUAACGAUUCUAUUAAAGAAGAAGAGGAUAACCAUAGCCAAACCAAAGUUUAAUAUAUUUCAUACGAUUUUAACAGUAAUGAUUCGCGCUGUAUUAAUUGAUUUAAGCGGUACCUUGCAUAUAGAGAACCACGCAAUUCCUGGUUGUGUGGAAGCAUUACAAAAACUUCUGCGAAAGAAUCUUACCGUAAAAUUUGUUACAAACACAACCAAAGAGAGUAAAAGGAUUUUGCAUAACAGACUCUCAAAUUUGGGAUUUGAAAUUGAUAAGGAUAGUAUUAUUAGUUCCUUAGUGGCUGCAAGGCAUUUGAUUGAAACUGAACAGCUCAAACCUCUCUUCCUGCUUUCCUCCGAUGCCCUUGAAGACUUUGAAGGGUUGGCAUGCCCCUCCAACGAAUCUCCUAAUGCAGUUGUAAUUGGUCUAGCUCCAUCAGAGUUUUUUUAUGAUAAAUUAAAUACAGCCUUCCGGACUUUGUUGAAUGGAGCUCAAUUGAUCGGUAUUCACGCCGGUAAAUAUUACAAAACGUCGGAUGGGUUGUCCUUAGGGCCUGGCUGUUUUGUAAAGGGCUUGGAAUAUUCAGCUCAGUGUACAGCCCGACUUGUAGGUAAACCAAGUAAACUUUUCUUCCUCUCUGCUUUGGGAGCAGUACCACCAGAACAUGCUGUAAUGAUAGGAGAUGAUGUAACAGAUGACAUAAAAGGUGCCAUGGAUGCAGGUUUGCAAGGCUAUCUGGUUCAAACUGGAAAAUAUAGGCAAGCUGACGAAACUAAAAUCCCGGUACCACCUACCAAAGUAUUUCCUAGUUUUGUGGAGGCGGUGGACGAAAUAAUUGCGCAACUAGAAUAA